AAACGUAUGAACCAGAACAAAGGCUUUUAGAUAGUUCCGUGUUCGAACCCUAAUUAAUUAUUCAAUAAACCUCGGACAUAUAAAUUAAAAAAGACGAAUGCUUUUGUUCUCUUUGUUCAAUCAUCUUCCCAGUUUCUGAUCCCGAAGAAACCCUAAUUAAAUUUAUCAUGGACUGCUCAUGCAGUACUCGCUCUUCGUCUCUGCUCAUCUCUUCCGAACCAUCUUUUCGCUUCCCUCGCUCUAAUUUUGCGUCGAAUCUCAAAUUUUUGAUACCGAAAGAGACGAAGCUUGUGAAGCAGCGUCUGGUAGUGAGGAGUUCUUCUGGGUCUGAUGAUCAAAACGGCGACCUUAAUGGUUUCCCUCUCAAACCAAACAAACUCUUUGCGCAAGAGGCGAUUGGAGCUGAGUAUGGAGAAGGGUUCGGGACUUUUAGACAGGAUGGUCCUCUCAAAGUGGAUGUGGAUUUCUGGAAUGAGAAAUUGCAAGAUGGGUUUCUUCAAAGAAUACGUUACGCAAUGAAACCAGAUGAAGCCUAUGGACUUAUUUUCUCAUGGGACAAUGUUGUGGCUGAUACUCGAAAUCUUAAGUUGGAAGCUUGGAAGCAGCUCGCUUCAGAAGAAGGAAAAGAAAUUGUAGUGGAGGGUGAUAUCCAAAGACUGAUACUUUAUGCUGGCGCUGACCAUGUGCUGAGUAAGGUGUUGUUCUGGGAGAAAACGCAAAGCAAAAUCGACAGAUUGAAACUCAGGCUAUCGGAAAUAUAUUGUGAUAAUCUUCACAGACUCACAGAACCAAAAGAGGGACUUAGAGAUUGGCUGGAUGCUGUCUCAACUGCUCGCAUUCCCUGUGCUGUUGUCUCAAAUCUUGAUCGAAAAACCAUGAUUAGUGCCCUUGAACGGAUGGGACUUCAAACGUAUUUCCAGGCAGUGGUUUCCGAGGAAGAUGGUAUGGAAUCAAUAGCUCACAGAUUUCUUUCCGCAGCUGUGAAGUUGGAUAGAAAACCGUCGAAAUGUGUUGUGUUUGAGGAUGACCCUCGGGGUAUUACCGCUGCUCAUAACUGUACAAUGAUGGCAGUUGGAUUAAUCGGUGCUCAUCGGGCGUAUGAUCUGGUUCAGGCUGAUCUUGCAGUUGGAAACUUCUACGAACUAUCAGUGAUAAACCUCAGAAGAUUAUUUGCGAACAAAGGAUCUACAUUUAUGGAGCACGAGAAACAAAUCAUAGAAAAAUCGCCGCCCAAAAGAAAGCUAACCAUUGAUACCAUAUUCUAAAAGCAUUGGACCGCAAGCAUAUAGUAGUUAGGUUAGGUUUAUAAUCUCUUAAAGCUCUUGUCUUAUUAUGGCUAUACAUGUUUGAUACCAGACGCAAACCAUAUCAUAUCUGUUGGGUGAUAUAUCGAGCUUAUUGUCAUCACCAUAUUUUCUUGGGGUUUUUUUUUGGGUGUAACAAAGAUCAAUGUUGUUGGAUU